AUGGGGCAAAGUCCGAGCUCAGUGCGAAGCAAGUCUAGUCGAAGAUCGUUUCGCGGCUUUGUCAGGCGUACGAAACUAAAUAAAUCAAGUUUGAGUCACACCUUCAACUUACCACCCUCGGAGGAAUAUCCAGAGCUGAUGAAUGUAAAUACGGCAACCGAGGAGCAGUUGAUGACGCUGCCUGGUGUCAAUAGGCAGAUAGCGCGAGAAAUCGUCCGUCAUCGACAGAUGAUCGGCAGAUUUAAGCGCGUUGACGACCUUGCAUUAGUCUCAGGAAUUGGUGCUGAGAAGCUAGAACUAUUGAGACCAGAAAUAUGUACAAGUACUAGAAAGCAAAUAUCUCGUGCUAGCUCAUGUACACAUUCAUUAGACAGUGUAAGAUUGCCAGGUGACAGUAAAUUAUGCUCUGUCAACUCCUCAAGUGUUUUUCAAUUACAAUGUGUUCCCGGCCUUAAUCAAGAAAUAGCCGCAAAUAUUGUUGAUUAUCGCAACAAAAAAGGACCUUUCAAGUCUCUUGAUGACUUGAUUAAAGUGCGAGGAAUGGAUAUAAUUAGACUUAGCACUGUAAAGCAUUAUUUGAGCUUAGAACCGAGAAAGUGUGAAAGUGUUCAGCAUUUGACAAAUGGCCAUGCCUUUCCGUGGACUGAUAAUUUAUUGAAUGACUCAAGCUUAAGUGAUAUUAAAGAGACAUUUGGAACACCACGCAGAAAGAGUUUAUCAAUGCCCACAAAAUUACCAAUAACUUUACCAAAUGGCUUUGCAACUGCACCAGUGAAUGAUAUUCUAGAUUUAUUAGCUGCAUAUUCUCACAGGCCUAUAGUAGAGGAACUGUUUACUUAUGAAAGAGAUGGCAUACCGUGUUGCCGUCUCGCAUCAUGGAACCUGCACCAGCUUAGUAUAGAGAAGAUAACAAAUCCUGGCGUAAGAGAGGUGAUUUGCAGGACUAUUUUGGAAAACAAACUAUCAAUAAUAGCCAUUCAGGAUGUGUUGGAGCCGGCCGCCUUGAAGAUUAUCUGUGAGGAGCUGAACUGCCCUUCACUGAGAAGGGUGCGCCAAUGGCGGUGUAACAGUCACAAGUGGAACUAUUGCUGCUCUGAACGAACUGACGGCCCAUCGCUGGGUUUUAUCUAUGAGACGUCAUAUAAGGGCGUGACGGUGGAGGACGUGGGCGUGGACCAGUUGCAUUUGCUGUCGGAGGCGUCGGACGCUCGGAGACUAAGCGAUGCGCUCGCGGCUCUAUCUAGAGAUAACUGUCUCGCUUCGCCGCAAGUGUUCCUCAUAUGCGGCCGGCCGGUGAUAAUUGUGAACGUGCAGUGCCGAGGGCGCUGGAGCGAGCAGCACCGCGCGCGGCUGGACGAGAUGGCGGCGCUAGCGGUCUCCUGCAAACUGCCGCUGUUCGUCGCCGGCGAGUUCCAGCGCUGGGAUAAUGUGCAUUCGUUAAAGAACUGCGAAUCGAUAUUCGACGUAUCGAUCACGACGACAGUGGACUCGAAUUGUGCAGGGCAAAGCUCCAUCCUGAGCGCGGGAACUAUCGCUGACAGCUGUUUCAACGGCCACACCGGUGCUAUCAAAUCUGGCUUGAGCCACUUGGCCAUACCGCGCGGCUGGUCCUGGGGCGGUCCCGCUUCGCCAUACUGUCCCAUCUGGGCCGAAAUCAAGGUCCCAGAUUGA